UGCAAAACACCCCAAGAACGUUCCCCCUAUCCGGAUACGGAUAACUUCAAGAUCUCCCUAUUCCUGGCGAAGAUGGACGCGCCGACGUUGCACAGCAUUCUCCUCCAUACGUUCAGCACGGAUGCGGAUGCGCGAAAGGCGGCGGAGGAAGCGAUUAAGAACUUGCACACGGUCAGGGGAAGCAUCGUCCUGCUCGUCCAGCUUCUCUCGAGCGACGACGUCCAGCGGGAAAUUCGGCAGGCGGCGGCGAUUUCACUCAAGAACAUUGUGCAUCGACAUUGGGGAGUACUGGACGGGGGUAGCGACGACGACCAUGACAAUGGACGAGGAGAUGGAGCGGUAGACCCAAAUCCGUCGGCCUUCCCCGACGCAGACAAGGACGAGUAUCGUUCGUUCAUCUUGGAAGGGCUGUUUGCCGCCCAGGACAACUCGAUCCAGGCGCUGCUUGUGGAAAGCGUCAGCAUCGUCGCGCGCCAAGACUUUCCCGUACGCACCUGUAUCGAUGGACGACUCUCUUCCCAUAUGGUCCGUUACUCGUCACGUCUAAUGAUGUAGCACAAAUGGCCGUUGUUGGUCGACAACAUUUGCGCCGCGAUGCAAUCGGGCCACGCGACUCGCAUCAUCAACGUCCGUUAUUAUCAUCUCGUCUUACAUUUCUCGAACUGAUUGGGGUCUUGUAGGCAUUGCUCGCGCUGCGUAAGCUGGUGAAAAUCUUCGAGUACAAACCGUCGCAUCAACGAGAUACGCUCAACACGAUUGUCGCGAUGACAUUUCCGUUGCUUCGCACCAUGCUGCAGCAACUAGUCGGGUACGUCCAGCAUCCAUGCCGCCAUUGUGAGAUGUCGCGUAGGAAUCCGUCCGACGACGCUGGACACAUGGUGCAUUUGACAGUCAAGGUAUUCUGGUCCAGUGUACAGUGUGCGCUGCCUCCGCACAUGACGCUCGAGGAAAUCGGAGCUUGGCUCGAACUGCUGAAAGCGGUGCUGACGAAAUCGAUGCCCGACCCCCCGGUGCAUGGCGGCGACGAAGACGACGACGGCGCGCGCCGAAAUCCGUGGUGGAAGGCCAAGAAAUGGACGCUCCAGGUCAUCUGUCGGUUCUACAACGUGUUUGGCAACCCCAAGCACAGCAACUCGACGCCCGAAUUGAGCGCGUUCUUCCGCGGGCAGGUGGCGCCGCAUCUGCUCGUGGCCGUGCUAGAGACGCUCAGCUUGCGGCCGUCGGGGCGGUACUGUCCCGAUCGCAUCGUGCAGCUCAGCCUCAUGUACGUGCAAGAAGCCAUUUUGUCUGCUACAGCGUACAAGCAACUGCAGCCGCACUUGGACUUUGUGCUGUUCAAGGUGAUUCACCCGCUGUUUUGCCUAACGCGGUCCGACCUCGACCUGUUUCAAAGCGACCCCCACGAGUACAUUCGUCGAUGCAGCGACGUGUUGGGCGAGUACUUGAACCCAGUGUUUGCCGCCGAGGGGCUGCUCGUCGAGCUAUGUACAAAGCGCGGCAAGGCCUGCGUGGUUAAAGUGCUGUCGUUCUACAACGACCUGCUGGUUCCAGCGCCGACCGACGAAGCGCAGUGGAUCCAAAAAGAAGCGGCGCUUCAUGCGUUGUGUGCGCUGGACUCGUUCUUGACGCUGUCGCCGCCGCACCAAGCACAGAUGGAAUCGAUCAUGCUCAUGCACGUGCUGCCAGCGUUUGAAAACCCCAGAGGGUACAUGCGGCUGCGCGCCGUCAAGAUGCUGUCGCGGAAUUACAUGACCAAACUCGUGUUUGCCGACCCAACCAUGUCACAUAUCAUCCACUCCCUGCUUCGGUGCCUGCAAGAUCAAGAGCUGCCCGUGCGCAUUGAAGCGGCCAAGAGCUUCCGCCAUGUUGUCGUGUACGCGCAUUCGACGGUCGUGCUCGACACGUUGCGCCCGCUGCUGCCCCAAGUGCUGGACCAGUUCUUUGUGAUCAUGGACGACAUGGGGUUUGGAGACGAAGUCGUGCUCGCGCUGGAGCAACUGAUCGAUUCGUUCUGCGACGAAGUGGGGCCGUAUGCGAUACAGUUGGUCGUGCGUCUCACGCUGCGGUUCAAGCAAUGCCUAGACAAGGAAGACGACGACGAGGACGCGUGCUUCACGGCGGCGUCAUGUCUGGACACAAUCAACACGAUCCUCAUGAGCAUCUACAACCAGGCCGAGCUGUUUGAGCCGCUCAUCGACGCGCUCUUGCCGACGCUGCACUUGCUCUUGAGCUCGGACGCGUACUUGGACUUUGUCGAGUCGGCCCUGGACAUUGUCAAGUCGAUUGCGUACUAUAGCGCGGCGAUUCAUCCCAAGGUAUGGGCGCUGUUUCCGACGCUGUUUCGCGGCGCCGAUCUAUGGGGCAGUGAGUACAUGCACCAGCUCGUGGUCGUGUUGUAUUCGCUGAUUGGGCGCGAUGCGGCGGGGUUCGUGUCGGCCGUAUUUCAAGUCAACUUGGCCAAUGGCACGACCAAGCGUAUUCGGUACAUUGAGCUCGUGUACAACCUCGUGCGCAAGCUGCUGCACAAGGAACACGUGGACGACGAAGAAGUAUGGGGCGCGAGCGCGAUCGUCGAAUGCGUCUUGCACAACUGCGACGGCGUCGAAGUGUUUAUUCCUGCGGUGUUGCAGCUGCUCUGCUUUCGCAUCAGCCGCACCGCCGUGGACGACCCGCGCCCGCUCACGCAGCUCUUGUCGGCGCUCUUGGCCGCCCUCCGAUACAAUCCCACGCUCACCAUUGCAGCCCUGGACAAGAUGAAGGUGCUGGAGCCCAUCCUGAACGCGCUCGACAAGAACGCCGACAUGCGCACGUCCGUGAGCGAGCAAAAGAUCUAUGUCCUUGGCGUCGUGGCGCUGCUUGGACGGCCCGCCGCCGACUGGCCCGUCGCCGUGCAGGGGGCGUUGAAAAUGUUGGUGUGGAAGGCGAUUCAGUCGUUGCACCGAAUCAUCGCGCGGACCCAACAGCAGCUGGCGCGCGAGGAAGCCGCGGCGCAUGGAGGGAGUGCCGCGAACCUCCCGCCGGCAGACAAGUCGCUCCAGGCCUUGAUCCAUAAGGGCGGAUACGACUCGGACGAAGAUGCCGACUUGAUGCUGCACAACGACGACGACUAUGCGCAUGUCCUCCACGACCUGAAGGGCGGUGACGACUUAGAUGAUGAAGAAGACAAGGACUAUUACAGUCGAAUAGACAGCAUCGACGAGGUCGCAGUGUUCUUACAGGCCAUGCAUGGUAUCAAGGACUCCCAGCCAGCCACGUUUGAAGCGCUGGGACUGGCCAACAACCAAGAGUUCUUCCAUUCUUGCGAGGUGUUUGCAGCGGAGUUACGCCGUCGACAAGAAGUUCUCGGUCGUGCUUCCGUGCCUGAUGCACUAGAAGGAUAAGAAUGCAGUGCAUAAAUAAUAUUACUUAGAUUGGUUUAGAUGACAACGCCCCGGAGGAUCUCGCGAGACAGAAUCAAGUCGAGGUGGUCAGGGUGGGUACACAAAUGCGAUAAAUAGGUCGACACGAGCUUGAGCUGUCGCACCAUGUCGGGGAUAGAAGGGUAGUCGACGAACUUGACCGACUUGGACUUGGUCAGCGGUAGGCAUGACGGCAUCAUUUGCACAGCUUGGCGUUCGUAGUGCGAGUCGCCGAUCGACACGAUAUGACGCUGGCGACCGGUCAUGUCCCCAACGAAGUGCUUGGUCAGCUCAGACGUGAAGCACGCCACUUUCCACUCUUCGAUGGGAUAUGUGUUUUCAUACUUGGCCCGCGCCGACAUGAUACGAAAGGAUGCGACCAACGGGUAGAUCGCCGGCAUGAAGCGUUUACAUGAGCGCUCGACCCAGUCGGCUUCUCCGUUCGUGACAAUCAUCACGGUGCGGUUCGCAUCGACGCAAGCUUUGAGAAACGUGGUAACGUGUUGCAUCAGGAGUUCCAUGAGAAUCUGAUCUUGCGUGGACAGUGGUUCAUGCACGUCGUCGAGCGUAUAUCGCUGUUUCGCCAGGUACGCGUUCGGGAAAAGCGUGUCGUCCCAGUCGAGCAAGAUGACGGUGGACGGCACGUUGUACGUCAAUGCACGCAGCGGCGUCGACGGCAUUAUGGAUGGACCCAUCCCCGCGGAGGACAGAAUCGACGUCGGGCCGUACAUGGUGGACGUAUGCUGCUGUUGUUGGGAAGCUGUUGAAUUCACAACUGAUCUUGCCA